AAUAACAUAGAAACAUUAUUCUUCUUUUGAUCCCAGGAAUUUUAUUGAAAAGUACUCUUCGGAGGUGAUGAAACUUGCUCAUUCUCUUGGCGUCUUCGUUGCAAAAACACUAGAUCUUAAUCCUGAAUUGGUUGAAGACAAACAUGUGGCGCAAUUUCUCAGGAUGGGCUACUACCCUCCAUGCACGCCAAUGCCAGAAAAGGUUUUAGGCUUCAAACCGCAUUCUGAUAUGUCAUUCCUAACUAUUCUACUGGAAGUUAAUUCAGUUCAAGGCUUACAAAUUAGAAGGCAUGGUGCAUGGAUACCUGUGAAACCAUGUCGCAACGCACUAUUGGUGAAUGUGGGUGACCUUCUUGAGAUUAUGACAAAUGGGAAGUACAAGAGCAUUGAGCACAGGGUUACCAUAAAUGCCCACAAGGAGCGACUAACCGUGUCUGCAUUUCACCUCCCAAAUUAUGAUGGAAUAGUUUCACCAAUUUUGGAAACUAGAGAAGAGAAGUUGUUAUACAAGACAGUGAAAGUAGAAGAGUAUGCAAGACUUUUUUUCACAAACAAACUUGAAGGAAAGAGAGCCCUAGAUCAUGCGAAGUUAUCCCAAUAAGGAUUGUCUACUCUAAUUUAUCAUUCUAGACAUACGUUCAUACAGAAGACAAUGAAAGUAGAAGAGUAUUCAAGACUUUAUUUCUCAAGCAAACUAGAAGGAAAUAGAGCUCUGUACUAUGCAAAAUUAUCUGAAAUAUAAGGAUUUUCUACCGUACUUUGUCGUUCUAGACAAGCACUCUUAAAAUGCUAUUUGGUGCUUAAUGGAUAUAUGUUUCUCACUGGGACUAAUCACAGAGAUGUUUGUCACUUCAUUUGAAUUUCUUCAUUUAUUUUCGGAUAU